AAGCUUACUUAAAAGUUUAACACUUUUGUAAUCAUCAUUGUUAUUAUAAUAAUACUAGACACUGGUACUAGUUACUAGUAACUAUUAUUCGUAUAUUCUUAUAUAGAGUUCCGAAGACAUCACAAAACUGUUUGUAUCUUUGUGCUACUACUAUUCUUAUAAAAACAAGGGUUUUGAAGAUUUGACUGACUGGUAAAAAAUUGUGGGUUCUCGUAUUCCAUAGUAAACAAAUAUCAGCACCCUAGAAAGAACACCUAAGGAAGUCUAGUGUAUGCCACACAAUCUGCUUCACUCCGCUGACAGCACCCCUAAGCACCUUCCGCAAGAUAGUUGGCGCGUCUUUAAAGCUAGCGAAGAAUAUAUCCAAUUGAGACGCAUCUCAGAACUGCUUUCACAAGAGCGUUACUCUGAGACAUUUGCUUUUGUGAAUCGUCUGACCCAGUCCGGCAGCAUACCUGCUCAGUACUGCCAAAGUGUGAUGCUGCAGCAAGGCAUCGGGACCAUGAAAGACGAGCGCAACGCUCUACAAUUGCUAGAGGACAUUCUCCGCCGCAUCCCCAAAACUGUCGAUCCCUGCGAGCACAAUGCAGCACUGUAUUACGGCCAGCUUGCUGGCUACCACUUGGGAAUGGCUUUGUGGAUAGGCGGCGUUAAAGGUCAGGAUGCGAGCAAGGCGGCUAAAUGGUGGAUCAAGGGAGCGGAGUGCUGUUAUAAUAUGACGGAUUUUCUCCACUAUGAUGAGGCUGUAGGUCAUUCGUGUCCGUUGAUGAAUGCUGCGGGUAUUCGCUGCCAGAUGAUGUUAGGUCGAUAUUACGCCCGCACCAGCCAAUGGGAAAGCAGUCUGCAGUGGUAUGAAGAGGCGGCAAAUAAGGGUUCUCCCGAAGGAGCAUUCGAAGCUGGAUUUCUGCACUGGUGCGGACUGGGCACUACAGUAAACCUUCCACUCGCUGUUGAUUAUCUGACAUUUGCUGCAAAACAUGGCAACAUCUGUGCGAUGGGCUCGUUGGCCGGGCUCUGUUUGGAGGAAGACAACGAAGAAGCAGCAGCUUUGUGGGCUAAAAAGGUCAUCGCCUACACGGGUACUACAGAGGCCACCGUGGAAACCGCACUGGAAGCGCUGAUUUCGUUGCCCAGAUAUGAACUGGGUGGCGAACGCUUACGCAGCAGCAUAGCACUUGCCUUUUACGUCAACAAGCAACUCGGAAAACAGCGAGCACGAAAUGCACUCGAAUGAAACUGUGUAGAUAUGUGCUGUCAUGGUUUCGGUUAACUAUCUGUAGACCGUUUUAACUCAGUAUUAUCGAAAUAACUUGGUUGCAUAAUAAA